AAACCAAGAAAAUAAAAAUAAAAGGAUAAAUAAAGCACAUGUACUAAUUACUAAUAAAGUACUAUAGAAAAAGUAAAUAGUAUUAGGCUAUAGGUAAUGGACUUCUUAGAAUUAAGGGAAAAAAAUAUCAGCUGACAAUCGCAGCCAAUGAGCAUUAAGUUGUGUCGUCAGCAAGUCGUUUCCCAUCAUGCUUUUGAUCAGCGCAGUCGGUGGAGAGCAACUGCGCGCGACUGCAGAAUCCGACACGUGCGCCUUGCGCUCGCGAGUGUUUUUUGACAUACGUCAGCAUGACAUCAGAGCAAGGCGGACUGCUCUCGGACACAUUUCUAACCGGCAUGCAUUACGCGCUGAUCACCGGUGAUCGGUUCUGCGCAGAUUUUGCUCAUCUCAAACAAGCCUAUUGUUCUCCUUUCAAAGUGCUCUCCUAUGCGUCAUAAAUUAGGCCGUUUCGAACGCAGGGUUGGUCUCAGAAGUAUGCCGACCAAUCAAGAUGAGCUAUCGUGAAACCACGUGUUGCAGCCACUGACGCAACAUUUACGCGACGCCUUCUAAUCCUUCUGCCCAUGUGAAUGUCGUUGUCGCCGGUGUCUACAUUUUACAAGGUGGCCAGGUGAGAUGUGGGUGCAAAUGCUUUGAUUGUUUUAUUGAAUACCGGAUGUACAAUUUCCAAAAUGACCACCAGGCUGUGCAGAUGGGCCCGACGGUUUCCACGCUACCCUCAGAUUGCUGCUGUUCCAGCCCGAUUACAGUCACCCACACUCCACUCUACAGAGCCAUGGUGCUCUUUGUCCUUGUCUUGGCUCCGGCCUGCUCCUAGACACCUCUGUCAGGGCAGUGAACUGGCCAAGAUGGAGGAGACCCCAAUUCCAUACGAACGCACAGAACUAGUGGGACUUGUUGAAAAGGCAGCCACUCCACAGGAAGUGCUUCAGUUGUGGGCAGAGCAAGGCGGAUCUGCUGGUGAUGCAGCCAGGUGUCUGAUCCAACUCAGUCUGCAGGUAUUGGAAAAGGGUAGUGACGGAAUUCUGCAGGAUCCACGCUGUGAAAAUAUGCUGGAGACCGUAAACUCUCAGGUGUCUUCAGUAUGGAAUGGAUCUCUAGUGGCUCUUCUGCGUGCUCUCUCCAUGUUGGGGCUCCCUUUUGAUGCCCCUCUGCUCCGCUCUCUCCAGAAUGAAGUUCUUUGGAGGAUUCGACGCCUCACCUACCGUCACCUGGCCUACCUGGUGGAUUGGGUAGCCUUUCAGCGCAGUAGAGGGCAGGAAAAUGAAGCUCUUACCAAUACCCUGUUGAAACAACUUGAGCUGCGCUGGACUGAGCUGUGCGAUCCUCGUACCAUCAGCAUUCUCAUGAGCCGUGCCUCUCUCCUCACCCCCUCACUCAUGGACAAACUAGAGGACAAGGCCCUGGAGUUGUCUGAAAACUUCAGCGCAGAGGAUAUCCGCAAGGUGGCGUUUGCACUGGCCUCUCAAAACAGAAGAGCGGUUUCUUUGUUGCGGGCACUCUCAUAUCAUCUGAACCAGAAACCCUCCCUUGAACUGAAUACACCACUGCUGCUUGACAUAGCAUAUGCUUAUGGUAAGCUGAAUUUUCACCAGACACAGGUACUCCAGAGAAUAGCUGCGGAGUUAUUACCUAGGUUAUCUGAACUGAGUUCACUUGAUGUCACACGCUGUGCCAAGUCUCUGGCCUUCCUCAAGUGGCUCCACCUGCCUCUGUUUGAAGGCUUUGCUCAGCACUACGCAAGUAAUAGUGAAAAGUACAGCACUCUGCAGGUGUGUAAUCUCCUCAUGUCUUUUGCCAAACUGAACUUCCAGCUCAGCAAAGGGGAGGAAUUCUACACAAAGGUGCAUACAGCUUUGGACAAUUCCUUUCAAAAUUUAGAGCCCUUUCUGAAAACAGAUGUUGUUUGGUCACUGUGUGUGCUGAACCAGGCCAAGCCUGAUUACAUCACCUCUGUUACAAAGCCUGCCUUUCAGAAGAAACUGUCAGCAGGUGGUAGUGUGGGCCGGACCGAGAACUAUCAACAGAAAUUAUUGCAAAUCUCUGCCUAUGCUCAGCUGGAGCCUCUUGGAGUCACAACUGUCACUUCUGCUGUGCUGCUGCCUACUUCCCAUCGCGAAGUGGACUCAAACAACCCUCUACGGAGUGGCCUAUACACAGCCCUCCAGAGCUUGACCAACGCACGUACACAGGCUCUCCGUACUGCUGUAAAAACAGUAUACGGCUGGACAAUAGAUGGAGAGCUUGUUGUAGAUUCAGAAAAUAAGCCUAUAGACUUGGAGAACUUAAAAGCCCCUCAUUUACCUGGAGGCGGUGGGACUGUUGUCUUACCUGCUGGUGCACGACGGAUAGCAUUUGUGGCUUGGGAUUUUCCUAAUUUUUGUCUCAGGAGUAAGGAUCUUCUGGGACGCUUUGCCAUGCAGAAACGUCACCUACAGCUUGCUGGGUUUAUAGUGGUGGAGGUGCCGUACUUUGAAUGGCAGGAGCUGAAGUCUGAUAGGCAGAAAGUGGCCUACCUAAAGGACAAGUUAUGGAAGGCAGUGGCUGAGGACAUGGCAAAAUGAGAUGAUGGACCAACUGUUCAUCAAACCAAUCAAUACAUUUAAAUGCUUUCAGACAGGCGGCGGCACUACUGACCCAGGCAAUAACAUUACAUAUGAGGGAAGGAUAAUGAGUACUACAACACAUAUAUAACUGUGACUGAAAUGUUGUUGUCCACAUGUAUCAUGAUGGCAAAAUCUGAACAUCAGGGUGGAAUAAAGGAGUGAAAUCAAACAUAUGUCUGGGAGCUGUAAUCUCUGCAUGCAGAAAAAUCAGAACCUCCAUAAAUCAGUAAAUGCUUAGAAGAAACAUUAAGGAAUCUAUUGCCUUCCCAAAAAGCACUCUUGCAGCCAAAGAGGCAAGCAUAUGCUCUAAAGUGCAAGAGUGUGACUGAGCUGACAUAAGUGAUGUUCACCACAGGGGAAACCAUUCUUCUUCAACCACGUUCAAUUAUCAUAUCUUUGCUUCCAUUGUCUAAAACAUUGUCCAUUGUUGUCCUCAAAAGCACCAGGACAACCACUUUCUACUACCACUAAUAAUAAAUACAUACACCUCCUUUUUAAUGCAGUUACCUAGACAACACUUAAGGCUUUCCUUGUUUCCAAGGAGACAGUUGUUAAGGUUGAAAAUAUUUACAGAGAGGGGAUUACUCAGAAACUGAGAUUUUCAGUUUAAAAGAUACUUUCAUUACAGACAGAGAGUACCCCUCUGCAUUUCCUCUUAAUUAGUAAAGGUGGAAAAUAAUAUCAAAGGUGUAGUUCUCAAACAUGUUAAAUUCUGUCUUCAUUUACCAGAAUGUUGUUCCAAACCUAUAUGUCUUAUUUCUUCCGUGGAACUCUUGAGAUGUUAGGCAGAAAGUUUGGGACUGAUAGCCUACGCCACCUUUCAAUGAAUUUCACCUUUCAUAAAGAUGCCAUGAAGGGGAAUGGUGACUAAGGCUGUCAGUCCCUAACAUUCUACCUAACAUCUCGUGUUCCAGAAAAUGGAAAUGACAGAUUUUUUAUAUUUUGGUGAUUUGUCCCUUUAAUAAUUAUAUCAACUCUACUCGACUUGCAUGUUAUAUGUGCAUUUACGGAUGUACCUGUUAUUUGAUAAAGAGCUGUCUUAACAAUUUUACCUAAACAUAUAGGAUGAAAUAAAAUUCCAUAGAACAUUUGUUUAGCAUAUAACCCAUUAAUUACCCAGCUCUGGAAUGUUCAGUCCUUAAGACCUGUUGUCAGUAUUGUGCUCCUGUUAUUUGCUGUCAUGUCAAACUGGAGGUCCUUCCUGUAGUUGGACUUUAUUGAAGAAUAGACCGUCCUCGUGAAAGAAAAUCUCAGAGGUUUAUAUUUUACUUGAGGUAGUGCAGAGAAUGGAAUUUUCCAUUUAUACAUUCACCGUGCUUAAGGUCAGUGUGUGGUAUCAAUAAAAUCAAUUGUA